AAAUUGAAUAAGUUUGUGAACGGUCGACCGUUACGGUUCUUCGUUCGCUCCUGGCACAAGAAGUGGAAUAGACGGUGGAAACUGACAAAAACUCGGCGCCAUAUUGCGAUCUGUGUUUGGUUAGCAUUUUCUGGCGCGUGGUGAAGAAGUUUGUUGUAAUUUAAUUGAUAACGAUGUCCGACAAUCAGGAACAAAAACCCGAAGCCGGCCCUGGCGACGCGAACUCAGAAUACAUUAAGCUUAAAGUUGUUGGAAAUGACUGCAACGAGAUUCACUUUAGGGUAAAGAUGACCACUCAGAUGGGCAAGCUAAAGAAGUCCUACAGUGAUCGUGUGGGUGUACCUAUGACAUCGCUUAGGUUUCUUUUUGAUGGUAAAAGAAUCAACGAUGACGAAACACCAAAGCAGCUGGAAAUGGAAAAUGAUGAUGUCAUUGAAGUAUAUCAAGAACAAACAGGUGGUCGUUAACUAAGUUAGAGGAGGAUCAUUUCGUUCUAAUAUUUUAUAAAGUGGAAGUGACUCUU